CGCGAGGACGGGGGCGUGGCGGUGUCCUGAGCUCAGACCCCGCGGCGGAGGCGCUGGCCGGGCCGGACCGGGCUGAGGGGAGGAGGCGGCGGCAGCGGCUGUGGGGACGCAGCGCCGUCGUGGGAGGCGGGUGCUGAGGGGCGGCGCAGACACCGCUGGGUCGGGCCGGGCCGUGCCGGGCCGUGCUGGGCCGGCUGAGCAGGGGGGGCGGUCCUGACCUUGCCCCCGGCAGGCGGUUGCCGGGUCGGUCACGGUGCGUCCAGCGGUGCGGCGGCCUCGCGAGUGGUGCGUGAGGAACUUAAUCUAAAAAGAACGAGUGUGCGGAGGCCAUGGGUUUGUCUGCGUCCUCCCCGGCUCCCGCGAGUCCUUCACCGAACGCAUCCAAGCAACACGAGACGGCGUCUCCACCUUCAGAAUGUCCCAUGCAUCAGGAAAAGAUGAGCGGUUGUCCAGUACACAUGAAGACUCCUGAUCAUAGAACUGAGAACAGAGACAAUGUUCCUGCACAUCAGGAAAGAGCCUAUGAAUUUGUAGCAUGUCCAAUGAAGUCUGGUGCAUCUCAAGUGAAAGGCGACAUAGAUCCUAGUAAUAUGAUGCCUCCUCCUAAUCAGCAGCCAUCCCCAGAUCAACCAUUUCCCUUGUCAACAGUUAGAGAAGAAUCUUCCAUUCCCAGAGCACAUUCUGACAAGAAAUGGGUCUACCCUUCAGAGCAGAUGUUCUGGAAUGCCAUGCUAAGAAAAGGGUGGAGAUGGAAAGAUGAUGACAUAACAAGUGAAGACAUGACCAACAUCAUUAAGAUUCACAACCAAAAUAAUGAGCAAGCUUGGAAGGAGAUUUUGAAGUGGGAAGCUCUUCAUGCUGUGGAGUGUCCAUGUGGACCAUCACUAAUGCGGUUUGGAGGCAAAGCAAAGGAGUAUUCACCAAGAGCCAGAAUACGUUCAUGGAUGGGGUACGAACUUCCCUUUGACAGACAUGAUUGGAUUGUUGACCGAUGUGGUAAAGAAGUACGGUAUGUUAUUGAUUACUAUGAUGGUGGAGCAGUAGAUAAGAACUACCAGUUCACUGUCCUGGAUGUUCGCCCUGCUUUUGACUCUCUUUCGGCUGUGUGGGACAGAAUGAAGGUAGCCUGGUGGCGGUGGACUUCAUAACUGCUUCUGUGGUCUGUAGUCAACAAGCAAACAACUUUUCUUCUUGUCUAAGGAUAGGUGAAUACUAGGACUUGAAACAGAAGUGUGUUGCAGCUGUCAUUGUUUUAAUCAUCACUAUUGUUCACUGGGGUUGGGAAUGGAGGAUGGGGAAAUCUGUUGUUAAGUACACCUAUGCUUUAUGGUGGUUUGAAUUAAAUAAUAAACUUAUAGCAGCAAAAAUGUGUAUCCUAAUUUUCUUAGGAGCUGAGAAAUCUUUUCUUAGUUUGUCAUGGAUUCUGUGUAAGCUUGCCACCUUUUCAUUUCAUGACUCCAGAGGUGCACCAAAUAUAUUAGGUUUCUGAUUCUGACUGGGGUUUUGAAUAUUAUUUAAUAGUGAAAACUUGAAACUUCCUAGACGGCUUCUCAUAGUCACAGUGACUGGAUACUUGGGUGAUGAUGAAAAGUUCUGGAUGGUUUCAGAUUGCAUAUUUUACUGAAUAUAUAAACCUAUAUAUUUGUUUUCACAUAGGCACUUGUUCAAAUACAUGCUUCCUGAGAAAAUCUUAGUCAAGUUUAUUCUGUUAAAGGAAGUAUAGUGUAGUAUGAGUGUUUUCAAAGGUAUAUUAAAUUGAAAAUUCAAAAAAUAUACUCAUGCAUGAAUUUGCAGUUUAUCUUAAAACAGAAUAACAUCUGUCAGUUACUUUUAAAGCAAGAUUUCUAGAAAAAGAUAAAGUUGAUAUUUAAUGGCUAUUUGAGUAUUUAAAAGGAUUGUUUUCAGAAGUAAGAAUACUGUAUACUUUUAGUAUUUUCAUGUCUUUACUGUGUUUCUCAUGUAAUGCAUUCAGGACAGAAUUAAGCCUUACUGAAACUGUCAUGCAGUGCAUUUGUAUUUUGCAUCUUUGCUUCAUCAGUUGUACCAUGAUGGGUUUUCUUGUACAAUAUGAAAUCACACAAGGGUGUAUGACUACUGAGUCAUACGUGUGUCUGUGUAUUAUAGUGAGGCAUACAUAUAUGUAUGUAUGACUUGGCUAAAAGGGUAUUAAAAGUGUCAGGAAGGUUGAUUUGAGUGUUUUCUAAGAGUGAUGCAUGUUAAUUCUGUGUGGCAUAAAGAUUUGAUUAAUGUUUGUGUUCAAUAAAGGAAGCUAAUAUUUUUUUUUUCAGGUUUUCAACAGUAUUAGCUUUAAACGGCUUUGUAAAUUUCAGGUGCCACAUAUCCCUAAACUUAAUUUAUUCCUUCCUUUCGGCUUUUAUUCUUGAGAGUGAGUCCUCCUUGCAGAACACUUGGCAAUGGGAGGAAAUAAGGGUGUCAAAUUGUAGUGUCUAAAGCAGAAGAAGCUUCCUGCAUGAAACUUCACAACCUUAACUGGGAGCCAGCUGUACAUUCAUUUUCCAAAAAUGGUUAUUUUGAACUGACAUUGGAAGCUUUUUUUUGUUUUGUUUUCCUGACAGAAAGCCCUUCACUGUUUCAGUAAAGUGAUUUAUUUAGGAAAAAAAUUCUCAAGGAAGCUUCUAUACUUUAAAGGUAGUAGUGAGAUGAGUGGUUCCCACUUCAGAGGCAAUUGUUCUACAUGAUAGGAAUAAAUAUUGCCCAGAAGUCAAGACUCCUAGGGGAAAAUCACGCUUUUACCCCUAUGCACUUUCCUCUUUCCUUUUUCACCUUUUUUGUGAUUCAUUUAUAUAAAUGAAAAAUAGUGAGGAGCAAAAAAACCAAACCAACUACUUGAGUAUGCAGUCUAUAGGUAUGAGAUAAAUAACAAAGUGUGUGAGCUUGUAUGAAGCGUGUCUGAGCUGCUCUGCUCUAUUUUAUGAAUACAGACUGAGGCUUACUGCUUUUUGGAGAGGUUUUGGUUGGUUGCCACCAGUGUAGGGAGUUAGUCAGAAGCUUCAAAAGAAUGAGUUUGUUGAUUUUGGAAGUGUGAUGUUGAAUGUGUUAUGGAAAUUGCAAUUGCUGCUAAAUCUGGUGAAAGGUGCUACGUGCUGCUUUCUGAGUUUCCCAUCUUCUGUUAUGUUCCAUCUCACAGAGAUUCAAAGUUUUUCUUUUCUGUGCUACUGUUAAUGAAGUGUACUACUUUGUCAUCAAAGAAAAAGGAAAAUCAAAUAAAUAUACUUUUGUUAA